GCGGAAGGCGCGGCGGGCGGAGGGAGCGGGGCUGGGGCGGCCAUGGACGACCUGGGCUGCCCGCGCUGCAAGACCACCAAGUACCGCAACCCCUCGCUCAAGCUCAUGGUGAACGUCUGCGGGCACACGCUAUGCGAGAGCUGCGUGGAGCUGCUGUUUGUGAGAGGGGCUGGGAACUGCCACGAGUGCGACACCCCCCUGAGGAAGAGUAACUUCAGGGUGCAGCUCUUCGAGGACCCUGCUGUCGACAAGGAAGUGGAAAUUCGGAAGAAAGUGCUGAAAAUAUACAAUAAAAGAGAGGAAGACUUUCCCAGUUUAGAUGAAUAUAAUGAUUUCCUGGAAGAAAUAGAAGAAAUUGUGUUUAACUUGACCAACAAUGUGGACUUGGAGAACACCAAAAAGAAAAUGGAACUGUACCAAAAGGAUAACAAAGAAGUCAUUCAGAAGAAUAAGUUAAAACUGACACGGGAGCAGGAAGAGCUGGAGGAGGCUCUGGAGGUAGAGCGACAGGAAAGCGAACAAAGGAGACUGUUCAUACAGAAGGAAGAACAGCUACAGCAGAUGAUAAAAAGGAAGAAUAAACAGGCACUCCUGGAUGAUCUGGAGAGCUCUGAUCUUCCUGCUUCACUGCUUUUAGCUCAGCAUAAGGACAGAUCUACUCAGCUAGAAAUGCAACUGGAAAAACCCAAACCUGUCAAACCAGUCACGUUUUCCACUGGCAUCAAAAUGGGUCAGCAUAUUUCACUAGCUCCGAUUCAAAAGCUAGAGGAAACUUUGUAUGAGUAUCAGCCCCUGCAAGUGGAGACAUAUGGACCACAAGUUCCAGAGCUUGAAAUGCUGGGAAGGCUGGGACUGUCCUCCAUCUGCUUAGAAAAAGUGUGUUUUUAUAGAAGGUACCUCACCCACGUACGAGCCGCCUCUCCGCAGGAUCUCGCCGGGGGAUACACGUCUUCCCUGGCUUGUCACCGAGCCCUGCAGGACGCUUUCAGCGGGCUCUUCUGGCACCCCAGUUAGCCAGGGACCGCUGGCCUGACACCAAGGGACAGCCAGCAGGGCAAGAAGCCGAUCAAGCCGGCAAAGGUUGGGGCAGAAUCGCUGCCAUCUGCGAUGGCCGUGCUGCCGUCGCUUUCUCGUGCACUUUUCUGUGCAAAACCAGCUGUGUUCGAGUGUUAAAGGGAAGAAAACAAACCCCGUCUGCACGAGAGCUUUGUAAAAUGGUGAGAUACAUUUUUGUGGAGGGGGAAACUCGUUAGUCAUGUGGCACUUUGCUGAGGGAGGCUGAAGCAAUAAGCCACAUCUAAUGGGAGAUGUGAAUAACUCAGCUGUGUAUGUUUGAGGCUUAAAGAAAUACACUUGUAAUUUUUUUUUUUUAAAUAAAGCCAGACUUUUUUAUUAAAGUUUGUGGUUUUACUCUUAUUGCAGGGUUUUAUUUGCACAAGCAUUUAAAUGCCAUUUUGAUUAUAACAUUUAGUGUCAAUAUUCAAGCCUACAUUUUCUUCCCAUAAAACUAGUUUCCCCAAGUUUAGACAAGUGGGUUUUUCCUCCUGCCAGCUGGAUGAGACGAGAAACCCUGGAACUAUGCUGACACAACUCCUUCUGGGUGACACUUGGUUCUUACCUUUGCCUGGAAAACCAAUCUUUAGCUGAAAGUUUUUCUGCUGAGUUCCUCUAGAAGCAGUCUAAGAAACAAGACAGUCAUUGAAGCAGUUAAAAUUGUGGGGUUAUUUUUUGGGGGGGUUUAUUUGUUUUGGUUUUGUUUGUUUGUUUUCUCCUGUUUAGCUCCAUUUGCAACUUUUCUGUCGUGCACUCAGGAGCUUCUUUUGGCGGGAACAUCCCUUUGCCUGGCUUUUGGGAUGACCCUUGCCACUUGAUUUGCUGCUUUCAUGUAUUCCUUCCCCUCUCCUUGUAGUGGAAUGUUGACUAAUGGCAGCAGAGCUGGGCUUCCCAUGGGAGGACUGGACCUUGCCAUGAGUGGGUAUAAACUGCAGGAGAUGGGAAACUGCUCAGGACAGGGAGCUUGGACCACGUUUCAUGGGCCAUCCAUUAAUAGCUGUUGAAUCCUGCUCUGAGGGGUGCACUAAAUGGAUGUAUAUUUUCUAUGCUGUAAUAAAGAGAAGAACAAGCUCUA